AUGGAUCGACUGCACUCGGUUUUCUUCAGGCAUUAUCAGACAAAAAUCUUAUAUAGCAAUGUAGACAAGGAAUAUUCUGAAGAAAAAGUUGGUGGGGCUUGGUUGGAAGAUUAUUUGGGUGUUUCGGCAUUAAACAUUGAUUUGGGUAUUGGAUUUGGGUUGAAUCGGGAUAUUGCUUUUGGAAUGUUAUACCGUCGAGAUUACCCCAUUAAAUGCCGAAAAGAAAAGGUAGAGAGAAUUUAUUUUAGGUAUAAUCAAAUGACAAUUAAAGUGGAGAUGGGCCGGAUUAUUAAAUCAAUCCAAGUCAUUUUCGAAAGCCCGAUCCAAAAUCUUCUCCGUCUUCUUUAUCUAAAAGUUACAUCCUUUGUGCAGAAAAAUUAA